AUGUGGUUAGAGUCACACUGGAGGAACCUUCGCCAAGCCUUGCUGCUUCUUUUCACUGCUGCUCUUCUCAUUGGGGUGACCAUGCUGGCCAUUUCAUCUAACAUCAACCCAGUAGGCUAUUUUUUCCUAGGGGUAGGGGGAGUGUGCCUGGUCGGCUAUUUGCUGAGCAUGUUUGUCGAGUGUUACCUGCGGAAUGAGCGCCGACAUGACGCAGAGGAGAUAACCCCGCGCAGGCAGAGCCAAGCAGGGGUGAACGCCGCCUACGAGGCGCCCACCUACGAGGAGGCGAUGGCCGCCUCGGGCCCGGCAGUGUGGACGACUGCAUCCAGCCCGGGCUCGGUGCCCUCCCCGCUGAACGAGCCGCCUCCGUACAACGUGGUGAUCGAGUCGGCCGCCCAGGCAGAGGCGAUGGCGGGGGCUCUGAGGCUGCCCCUGGCACCAGAG